AUGGGAAAUAGUGCAAAUAGACCUGCAAGCUUGGCAGCCAAAAUUGCAACCUCGACGAGCAACGACUACAAUGCUGCCAAGUGUAUUAUGGCAGACGAGGAAUAUGACGAUGAAACUGUUGAGCCCGGACAAAUGAUCGAUUGUAAGGACCAAUUAUUAAAAUCUGGCUCCAUCAUUGAGAGUUACAGAGUGGAUAAACUCAUCGGAAAAGGUACAUAUAGCCAAGUUUACAAGUGUGAAAAGAAAGUUCACAACACAAGCCAAGGUUCAACAUGUUCAACCACAUCAACAACGACAACACUAGUGACAGAAAAGACAUUCUCUAUCAAGUGUUGUUAUGCAAGAAACGAUGCAGAUUGGCGGCUUAUCAUUUCGGAGGUCGCGGCCAUGAAAAAUCUUCAACAUGACAAUAUUUUGAAAUUCUAUGAAUAUUUUGAGAUUAGCAAGGAGGUACACACCUCAGAAGAUCCCAUGGUUGCCAUUGUGAUGGAAUAUUGCAACAAUGGUUCUAUUGGAGACUUUAUCAAGCGAAAUCGACACAUCACUGCCGACCUGUUACAAAUGCUGGACUGGGUUGUGCAGUCCAUUCACGGUAUUGGGUAUUGCCACAAGAUGAACGUAGUUCAUAGAGAUAUCAAGCCUCACAAUAUACUAUUACAUGCUCCUCAUGAAAAUGGUCGAAUUAUGGUCAAACUAUGCGAUUUUGGUCUGAGUUCAUUGGUAAAGGAUAAAACUGAAACACUGAAAACCUUUUGUGGCUCUCCAAUUUACGCCGCUCCAGAAAUUAAUCGUCUUUCUUAUUCGUUCUCUGUGGACGUGUACAGUUUAGGAGUAACAGCAUUAGAAAUGCUCUGUAGAUUAGACUCGUGUGAAUUUCAAAAUAGAAUUUACAACAAGUCCAGAGAUUGUACUUGUCUCGAGAAACUAAUUUCUGAAUUGCCUCUGAAAAGUCUUCAAAAACUAAUCAAAUUAAUGACAAGCUAUGAUGAAAAGGAGAGAAUUACGAGUGAAGAUCUCAUCAAACAUCCAACAGUGAAAGCAUUCGAAGCAGUGAUUAGUAUAUCACGAGGAAUUUUGAAUGCUACCUAUUUUGAGAUGGCAGAUCGUGAAUUUAUUGAGACGAUAUUCGAACUUUUAGAUUUCUACAAAGAAGACAUUCCAAAAAUUGAAAUAUUAUUCCAAGCAAUUGUCCAAUUAUUUCAACUCAAACCUGACAAAUGCUUGGAAGUUGUACAGAGCCAAAUGAGUCAAAUUGGAUCCGAGUUUUUAUUUAUUGAAGGAGUAUCUCUGGAGUCAAAAUCUAGUAUUUUCUUCAUUCUGAUAUCUAUUGGCAGUUGGUUAUGUUCUUAUUUGGAAAACCUGAAUAACAAGAGCCACUGUAGCCACAACAACAGCUCUUCACAACUAACAAAGCGAUCAAGAUCAACCACCCUCUACAAUGUUUUUUCGGCCAUUAGUGAACACUCACCUGGAAAUGACGACGAAGAUGACGAACUGAAACGAAACGUCCUCCUUCUCAUUAACAAUAUCAAACACUUUAUUUUGGAAUUUGCUAAUUAUGCUGGAGAAAAUUAUCAAAUUACAAUUUUAAGCUAUUUGGUUCAAUCUCUCAUGAUGGAUACAGCAAAUAGAUCUCCUCCUCCUCCUCCCAUGAACACCUCUCCUCAAUCUAACGGAAGUAAGAGCAGCCUGGGAUCACUAUUUACCAUUGAUGACAAAUCCUUUGUCUUUCUCAUGAUUCGUGAGAUGGUAAUUCAGUUCGAUAUUUGUAAGCAGGCUGUAAUUCUUAAAAACAAGCCACAACUCUCACCUCCAACCACUUCAGAGCUCACCUGUGACCAAUAUUCUGCCAAUAGAAUGUAUUCUGGAUCUUUUGAACCACCUCCAUCACUCGCCAACAGUUGUUCGAGUGAUGAUCUUUCUCGUGAUUCCUCUGCCGAGUUAAGAGAGGCCUUUUUGCGAGCUGUCCACCAACGCUUGUUGUCGAGCCAAUGUUGGUAA